AUGUCCGAUAUCACGUACGAGAACGGUUCACCGACAUACACCGGUAACACCGUCCUUAAGUGCUUCAGAGAGAAUGGCAACGGCCUCCUCUUUCGCAUCGUCAAUGAUGAGGAGAAGAAAUGGGCAUUCUACAAUGAUACCAAGGACUACAACAUGGUGGUGAAAGUUGCUUUCGGUAAGGACAGCACUGUUCAACCCCUUGGCAACACCAAGAUGGAAAAGGACACUGCUACUGGCGAAUUCAAGUGUGAGGUGAAAAUCGCCCCCCUGGCGACUGAAAUGUUCAUUGAGGGAGUGCCCAACGGAUACAAAAUAAGUUAUGAAGCCGAUCCUAUUCCCCAGUGGAAAUCCGUUCCCACCUAA